GUACUAUAGUACCCUCACUAUGUUCUAGAGUUCUAGACACUAGUCUCUUGACCUUCUAUUUACUUUGACGCGGUUGACUUCCCUCCGUCCCGUACGCACGCGAUCGGUGUUGGUUAUCAGAGCGCCUCGCAUGUGCGUUGUGCAUACGAACUACAUUAUCAAUUAUAUCUUGUUCUUAGCAGAUGACUGAUCGCUGAUAAUUUUUAUCCGUGAAUACAGUAAGUAAAUACUAUAACUUACGAAAUGGCAGUUAGACGUACACGACUACUGACCGAAGAUUUAUCGCACGUCGAGUUCGAAACCAGCGAAGAUGUCGAAAUACUGACGACGUUCGAUAAUAUGAAGCUUCGAGAAGACUUGAUUCGUGUGAUAUACUCAUACGGUUUUGAACGUCCAUCAACUAUCCAACAAAGAGCCAUCAAACCAAUUAUCAAGGGGCGCGAUGUCAUUGCUCAGGCUCAGUCAGGAACUGGUAAAACGGCAACAUUUUCUAUUGCAAUGUUACAAUCUAUA